CUAGAUCAAGGCUAUAUAAUAUAAUAGCUAGAGUCUAACCGUUGGUUCCACACGAUCAAAUAGUCUAUCACGAUGUCUAUUUUCAAUCCCAAAAAAAAAAAGUCUGUGGCUUCCUACACAUCCGCAUCCCAUGGAUGCAAAAGCUCUCAAUUCACCUACAUUUUCUUUUUUUCUUGAAUCAAUAGACGUUUUCCUUUUUUCUUUGUGGGUUGUUUGCCUUCCUCCGUCCACAGAAGAAGAAGAAAAAAAAAAGGGGGGUUCUUUGUUUACCACCAGUAGGUUGAGUACACCCCGUAGGUCAUUUCCUUGACUGAGGCAGCGGCCGUCUUGAAGGCCACGUGCUCACGCACCCACCGCACUGGGAUUGUCGUCAACGAAAGAAAAACAAUCCUCCCCCCUUCGUCGCUAUACCAAUAAGAGGACGGAGGGUGGUGUUCGAAAAAAAAAAACUGCUACGACGGACGGCCCUUUUGGUUUGGAAUCAGCUCCGAUUUUUUUUCGUUUUCGGAAACCACCCACCUCCUUGCUCUUUUUGUAUGUCUUUGAACAAUUUGUUCGGCGCGCUAGAAGUUGUAAAAAAACAAAAAAACACGAUAAAGAAAGAGAGAGAGAGAAGGUGGUGUAGCAUUGGAAUAAUGUAGAGAGGGCCAGAAUACCCGGAGCCCAUAAAAAGGACGGACGAACGUCUGUAGCUCUUCACUGUAGUGCCUUUACAUCAGCUGGAGCCGGUUGAUUCUUUUCUCUCUCGCUCGACUGUCUGCCACGACUUGCCGUUCCUCUUCUUCAGAUCGUUGUGCGUCAUCGACCAACACACACGUUGUCUAAUCGAUUGACCCUCCGUUACACGCAAAGCGUUGGCGACCCACCAAAGUGUUUUAUUCUCUCUGGUCCACUUUUGUCGGUUUAUUACGUGAUUCCCGCCGCUGGAAGUGUUUUGAAUUGGUAAUUUUUACCGUGGGGAGGUUCAUCGAAAAGAGGACGAAGAUCAAGAAGAUUCUCUUUUUGAUUGCUGGGGGGGAAUGAGUUCGACCGGAAGCAAUCCGGGAAUGCCGCCACCGGCUGCUCCCGCCGUUUUCAAUAUGCGCGAAAUGCGAGAAUCGCUCGCAUUGGCUGAGCAAUUGGCCAAGGCAUCGAUGACGAGCAACAAGAGCCGCGCUCAUCAAUUGCAACAACUCGACGCCAACAAUAACAACGAAGGAGAAGAAACGCAUCGCACCUACGUUCCUCCUAAGCAACUUCUCCUCUAUUUGGUCAGAAUGGGAAGUUUUACAUCGGCACCCAAAAUGGUCAACGAUGACGUCCAAGAUGACGAUGUCGAUUUCGUAGGUAUCCGCACCGUUGAGGAUAUGAAGCAACGCUGCCGCAAAGAAUUGGCGGCUCUUCCGCCCAGGAUUGAACGCAAUUUCCCUUCUGAAAGACCGGCCAAUAGUAUUCGCGUACUUCAAUGGAACAUUCUGUCGCAAUCGCUAGGAGAACAUAACGAUAAUUUCGUCUGCUGCCCGCUGGAAGCUCUCGAUUGGCGUACUCGGCGCUAUCGCAUUCUCGAAGAAAUUGUUGAAUUUAAUGCUGAUAUUAUUUGCCUACAGGAAGUCGACCAUUACCAGUUUCUGUCGAGGGCAUUGCGCACUCAGGGAUACGAGGGUAUCUACUUUCCUAAACCAGAUUCUCCAUGCAUUUACAUCAAGGGUAACAAUGGUCCUGAUGGAUGCGCUAUCUUUUAUCGCGUCAAUGAUUAUGAACUGAUCAAAGUGGAAACUCGGAUCGUGGAAGUCUGGCGCGUUCAAAGUAAUCAGGUGGUUAUCUUGACCAUGCUGCGGCAUAAAGCCACUGACCGGGAGAUUUGCGUUGCCACGACGCACCUCAAGGCCAGGCAAGGUGCCCUACUAUCGACGCUGCGCAACGAACAGGGAAAAGACAUCCUCGACUUCCUGGAGAACAACAUCGAUGGCGCCGAUUGCCCCAUCAUUAUAGCGGGAGAUUUUAAUGCUGAUCCGACUGAGCCUGUCUAUUCCACCAUCCGAUCUGACCCGCGUUUCGGACUCGAUUCGGCUUAUCGAUGCGACGGAAUCGUCCAAGGCGCCGAAGAUGCUGGACAAGAGCCGCCCUACACGACGUGGAAAGUGCGAGGGGAAGGUGAAUGUUGCCAGACGAUAGACUAUGUCUUCUUUAGCCGGAGACAUCUCGGUGUGAAACAGGUUUUACCUUUCCCUACUGGCGAGCAGAUUGGCCCAAAUCGUGUUCCUUCCUUCCAGUAUCCGUCCGAUCACUUUUCACUUGCUGUAGACUUUGACCUACUUCCUUCUUCCGACGCUAGCCAAGCAGACGUCGUCUUGAAUAAGCUCUUGUGCGUUUAAUAGAAACAUCGAAUGAAAAGGGGAAAAAAAAAUUAUAAUACUAAUAUUGUACAUAUUUUGUUGUUCAGCGACAUUACGAUCAUAUUGAAAUUUGUGUUGUUUUUUUUAGUCUCUAAAAUUUGAAUUGAUUUCCGACAAUCCAUCUAGGCUUUCUAGAAUGCCUAUCACUAUUUAUUUUUUCAUUUGAAAAAUGAUUCUUCUUCGUUUGUUUCUUUUUUUUUUUUUUAUUGACGUGUCACUUGUAAUGCGUUGGUACCAAUUAUACAUAAACGCUGUUUCAAAUGACAACGGGUGAGGGUAGAGAUAAAUACACGCCUGUUUUGCGA